AUGUCACAGACCACGGCAGGCGUGCUCCCUGCGCCGGACACGGCCCACGGUCACGGUCACGACCACAGCCAUGGCCACCCCCACCACGACUCGAGCACAGAAUCGCAAUCCACAACGGCCACAACAGACAUCACUGACCGCGUCUUUACUCCCCCGGGCAGCGACAGCGGUCGGAGUAGCGGCAAUGCCCCCGCCGCCCCUUCUUCGCAGGACUCCCAGCUCUUCCAGCUCUCAGAGCUGGCCGCUGCCCGGGACAAGAUCCCAGAGGCCGACAACGCCACGGCCGUGUCCCGCAAGCGGACCGCCGACGGUGCCGUCAAACACACUCGGAACGGGUCAAUGAUGUCGCCCACCAAGCCCGGCCAUUCGAGAAACACGAGCACGGUCAGCGUCGCCUCGACAGCAGGCAGUCGGAUUGGAGAGCUCUCGGCCGAGCUCCGGGCGAAGCUUUCAUAUGCCAUGGUCAAGGUCAACAAUGGCUGGCAAGGGCACUCUAUCGACGAGGUGGAAUCGCUGGCGUCACAGGUAGCCUCACCAACCUCGAGCACCUCGACAAUACACGCCCGCAACCGCGCGUCCGCCAGCCCGCGUGUUGCGUUCGCCCCGAACAAGCUUGGCUACGGCAGCACUGCCACGAGCCCUGCCGUUCAAUAUCCCCCAUCAACUCGCGGAUAUGACUCGGUAUGGAAGGACAAUGUCAACAGACCCCGGAGCUCAACAUCGCCUACUACAGCACCGGGUAUUGCUACACUUGCACCGCCGGCUCCUAUACGAGCCGGCGAGCACAAUUUUGCUAACCCUCGCCGCAACUCAAACGCCAAGUACACACCUGCGUAUCUGUCAAACGCCUCGCCACACACUCCUGCUCAGCCGAGUCCUCUCCAAAGCACACCAGGACAGACCACCCUGCGCACGCCACAGAUAGACCCGAUUUUAUUCUCACCGCACCAGAACUUCCGUGAGCAGGAAGCGCUGGAAACCCUUGUGUUCAUGAGCAGCCCGGGCAACUCGGCCAACAUGAAGCACAACUUUCCUUCGUCCCAGGGAUCACAAGCACAAGGAAAAGCUGGGGUACGAACGGCCCUUCCGACUUCACGACUCGGCCCUGGCGUGGACAACCAGGCCAACGGCCGCAAGAGCCUGCCAAGUGGGCGGCCGCAACAGACACCCGGAACGCAUGCUAAGCAUGUCGGCUUCGCCAAGUCACCGAGCAAUUUGAGUGCCAUGGACGUCGACGAGCCUCAGCUUUCGCCACAGAAUCGCGGCACGCCACGACGGAGGACGCUGGGUAGCGGGCCACGUCCGUCACUAUCGACGCCAGCUGGUCUAGGCGGGGCGGGCAGAUCUCGUCCGGCACUACAGGACGUGGACAUUGAGCGAAUGCUAGACCGCGUUGCAGCAGCAGGGGAUAGCUCCGACUCAGAGGGCGAGAUCUCACUGCCCCACGACCGAAGGACACAACAAGGCGCAGCUGGCGUGGGUGCCUGA